GAAACGUUUUCAGACAGUACGCGAGUGGCGGUUGUGCUUCGAACGUGGAGCCUCCACUGAUUAUCGUAACUUCAAAUUAAUUUUGUGUUUAUUCAUUUAACGAGUUUUAUUUUUUAAUAAUUUUUUCAACUUGUUCGGAAGAUAUUUUCAAAAUGCAGUUGAUGUUGCGGCUCGCGGUAUGGAUGGGUUCCAUAGUGCUGAUGAUAUCGCGACCACUCUUCUGGUUUUGGAACCGCAAACAGCCCCCGAAAAUACCCCCAACCGACAACCCUCUGCUCCUCCUGAGCGCCACCGAACUGGCCAAGAGAAUACGCCUCCGUCAGGUUUCGAGUGAGGCUGUUGUUACUGCCUACAUCGACAGGAUAAAACAAGUAAAUCCCAUCCUCAAUGCCGUUGUCGAUGAACGAUACGAAGACGCCAUAGGAGAGGCACAAAAUUACGACAAAAUGCUCGACACCGGGGAAAUUACGGUUGAAAUCAUUUCCGUGACUCAGCCCUUGUUUGGUGUUCCUAUUACAGUAAAAGAAAGUUGUGGAGUCAAAGGGCUCAGUAACACUGGCUGUACGAUGAUACGACGAGGAAUUAAGGCCACCGAAGACUGUCUCGCUGUCCAAAUUAUGAAAAGAGCUGGGGCAAUUCUCCUGUGUGUGACCAACACUCCAGAAUUAUGUAGUACUUUCGAAACGUCUAAUUGUGUAUAUGGGACUACAGUCAACCCCUACGAUGGCAGACGAUCGGCCGGUGGUUCUUCCGGAGGCGAGGGAGCACUCCUGGGAGCUGGGGCCUCACUCAUAGGCAUUGCCUCGGACACCGCGGGCUCCAUCCGCGUUCCCGGCCUCUGGAAUGGCAUCUUCGGACACAAACCUACACCUGGAAUUGUGCCUCUGAAGGGACAUUAUCCCCUCCUCGACAACGACAAGUUUCAACAAUAUCUGGUUCUGGGACCAAUGACCAGGUACGCCGAGGACUUGCUGCUGGCCUUCAAAAUUCUGUCCGCAGACAGCAAGCAGAAUCUCCACCUGGACGAGCCAGUAGACGUCUCCAAGCUUAACGUAUGGUACAUGGAGGACAUGGGUCCCACUUUUGGAUUAUUCCCUACUAGCGAGGAUAUCAAGGACGCAAUUCGUCAGGCGGCUAGUCACUUCCAAAAGAUCGGGGCGAGGAUCAGCAAGUCUGAUAUCGAUGGGAUAUCGAACAUUUGUGAAAUAACUCUGGCAUGCUUUCUGGACAUGGGGGAUAGACCGUGCAUUCUGAUGCACCCGAAUAAUAAAGAGGAACCGGUGAAUGCAACUCUAGAAUUCGUUAAAUCUCUUGUGGGACUGUCUCAGUACAGCAGACCGGCGAUACUGACGCGGAUGUUUCAAGACGCCAACGGACUCGUGGCCGUAUCAGCGGUGACAAAAUACGUGAGAUUAGUGGAGGAACUGAGGAUCACACUUUUGGAACUACUCGGGGACAAUGGAGUACUCUUGUGUCCGACCUUCGCGAGUGCAGCCCCAUUGAUCGGUCAAACAUUUUUCAAAUCAACAGGGGGAUGUUAUUCCGCGAUAUGCAAUGUCCUAUGCUUUCCAUCGACCCAGGUGCCCAUGGGACUGAACGACCGGGGUCUGCCCAUAGGAUUCCAGGUGGUUGCUGCUCCUUAUCAAGAUCGAUUAUGUCUGGCUGUAGCGAGGGAAUUGGAACAAGUGUUUGGUGGGUGGGUACCACCGACAACAAGUUGAUAACAGGAGAAAGAUGAUUAUCAUUUUCUUAAGAAGAAAUUUGUAAUACAAUAAAAACACACCACAAAUA